CUUUUUAACUAUAACUCGUAAUAAUCAGAAGUCAUUAUAAUGGUGGUUACCCUUUUCUUUUUAGAAAUAAAAAGAAAUCUCUAUUCUCCACCGAAAAACAAAGACUCAAACUUUAGUUUAGUGGAAAAAGCCCCUUAUCGGAUUUGAACCGAUGACUUACGCCUUACCAUGGCGUUACUCUACCACUGAGUUAAAAGGGCUUGUUUUAUUCGAUUCAUGAAUUAUAGCCUUUUUCCAUUAUGAGUCUACUGCAUAAUAUAUGUACAUGAUAUAUACAUAUAUGCACAUAAUAUAUACAUAGUUCAUUUAGGAGCAAUCAAUUUGAUUUACCCCCCAAAAGUAAAAAGUGGGCAAAUUUUUUAUUUUUUUUUUUGAUAAAAAUAAUGCAGUGAAUUGUUUCAAGACCGACCCCGCUUGUUUACCUUUACUGACUCAUCAAAACAAGAUUCACUUGAUUGAUACAUGUACCAAUCUGACAUCGACAUAGAUUCGAUAGAUUUUCUUGAAUCAUGUGAUGAGGGUAUUCGUACCCUGAACCGAAUUCUUAUAAAAAAAUAAAAAAGAAAAAAGGAAAAUUUCUAUCGUUUUUUAAUUUUCUGACUUAAUGUGAGAUAGUGAUAGGCAUAUUUUAUCUGAACAAUGAACGAAGCAAUGAGUUAAGUUAAAAUUAAUGAGUUAAAAUUGAAGAAAAGAAAUUAAGUGGGGUUCUACCCCCUUUUCUGUUCUGUCGGACCAAUCACUGCCUGAACUGACGGAGUCCUGUACCUCCUUUCGCUAUAUAAAAUAGUAUGGGAUGGUUCAUUCAUGAACCAUCAAAUCCAAAACAAAAUUCUAUGGAAUCAUAACAUAAAAGUAGAAAAGAGUGUUCAGAUCUAGUCAUAUCAUUAGAUUAUAUUGACAAUUCCAAAAAACUACUCAUACUAUCAUCAUAGUAUGAUGACAGUUGGGCGGAUAUGCCCCUAUCGUCUAGUGGUUCAGGACAUCUCUCUUUCAAGGAGGCAGCGGGGAUUCGACUUCCCCUGGGGGUACUACGAAAGGAAGUUGAUCAUGGAUUAUCAAUAAGCCUAGAAGGAAUUCUUCCUGGGUCGAUGCCCGAGCGGUUAAUGGGGACGGACUGUAAAUUCGUUGGCGAUAUGUCUACGCUGGUUCAAAUCCAGCUCGGCCCAAAAAUUCGCCGCUCCAUGAAUAUGAUAUAACCAAUGAUAUAACCAAUUUGUCCCCCAGAAACAAAAAUACCUGAUCCGUAAAAGAGAAAGAGUCCAUUUUUGUUUCUCUAUCCAUGUUUUUCUCAUUCGUUCUGAUCUUUUCUUUCUAACGAUCUAGAUUCAUAAUACUUAAUCAAAGCAAAGAUUAUGAAAGGAAAAAUCGUUUUUUCUCAAUGAAAGGUUGAUUAUCUAUUUUUGGCAAUAAAAUAAAAUAAACACAGGUUACUAGUAAUCCGUGUCACUUUCACUAUAGUCCAUAUCUAUGUGUUCUAUGUGUAUAUGAUAUCAGUUAGUAUAUCAUUCGUGUCUCUGUUACAACGCGACGAAGAAAAUGUUUUUCUGAAACCAUUAAGAAUAUGUAUACCAUACACCUCGCUGGGAUUGUAGUUCAAUUGGUCAGAGCACCGCCCUGUCAAGGCGGAAGCUGCGGGUUCGAGCCCCGUCAGUCCCGAACUAGGAUCCGACCGAUGAAUGGAGAAAUGAAUUUAUCUAUUUUCCGUGAAAAAGGAGACAGGGGGCAAGAUCUAAUCCCCAGUGGAGAUCCUUAUUUCUUUUGUUUUUCAUUUCGCAUUUAUCAUCAGACAAAUACAGGAAUUUCCAUUUCUUCCACUAGUGCCGAGUGAUAAGGGAGAGACAUAACAUAUAUAGAUUCGUACAAUCGGUGGUAUUCCUAUAUUUAGUAUUUUAAGAGAUACUCGUCUGACUUUCUUUUUCGAUUUUCUUGAUAAAUGAAAUAGAAUAGAGUGCUCCUAUUUUUACCGAGAGUACAUACGCAAAUUGUAUUCGUUUAUUGUACAAUACAUAAUGAACUUAACAUAAUUACCUCGACAGAGUACUUGUCAGGUUAAACGACAACCCUUUUUAGCUUCGACUUUGUUUGUGUAUCCUCAAUGACUAAUUGGAAACAAUCUAUCUCAUUCUCAUUUAAAUUGCACACUGAAUUUUUGAUGUAUGCCUUCCAGUCCCAAUCGAAGAAAGAGAUACUAAUCAAAUAAAAGAAAAGACCAAGCAACGUUCCUUUUUAUUAAAUUUGUUGGAAUUAUAUUAGAUCUUUUAUACUUAACCCGUCCUUUUUCCAUCUCACUUCUACUCUUUGGAUCUGUGUGUGAUUCAUAGAAUACCAGUCAUAUAAUACCUCAUAAUUGUAUGUACAUAAUUGUAUGUAUAAGUAUAACGAAGGAGGAGUAUAUAAGGAAGACGGUAGGGUUAUUUAUAGAAAAGAAAAAGUGGAAAAGGAUGAAAAUUCAAUGGGAUUCUUUAUUGGAUCAGGAAUCCCAUUUCAGAUUUAGUAUGGAUAAAGGAUCUUCCUAUGUUAUACUAUUCAAUUCUCGACGAUGAAUCGAUUUGAUAGAUCAGAUAUUGUUAUUCAUAAUAUUGAUCCGAUUCAGUAUCAUCAGGAUGCAAUUCAUCCCAUUGAAUUUACAGGAAUCAAAUUUCUCAUCUCUAUGGGAUUAGAUCCCGAGUUAUUGCGAAGUAAAAAAACAAUGAGAUUAUGGAAGUAAAUAUUCUCGCAUUUAUUGCUACUGCACUGUUCAUUCUAGUUCCUACUGCCUUUUUACUUAUCAUCUACGUAAAAACAGUCAGUCAAAAUGAUUAAUUUGACUGAAACUUGAUUUAUUAGUUCUUAUCAAUGAUUGAAUAAAUGAAAGAAACGGAUUCAAACUCCAAGUCUUAAAUGAAAUGAUCUGUCUGGAAUCAUAAGUAUCUGAGAUAAUAAGUAUCUGAGAUAGUAGUAUCUGAGCCGAGAUAGUAUGGUAUAGUAUUUAUUAUCCUAUUAAUGAUUUUCAUAGAAAGUUGUACUGUAUACAGAUAUAGGCUUUUAUAUAGAGAAAGCCUAUAUCUAGGUCAAUAUACAAUAUGUAUGUACAUAGAUUAGAUGUAUAUCUAAAUAGUACAUCAAAAUAACAGUCCAAUUCUAUUAUUUUUUUGGCUACAUUUACUUGUGUGGAUUUCGAUCAAUUCAAAAUAAUUGAAGACCAACUCUUCUAAUUCCUGGCUUUCUUAGAAUUUAUAUAUAUAUAGGUAUAGGUCCCGAGAUCUAUCAAAGGAAUCAAUGGAGCAAGACAAAAAGAGUAUGGGCAUAUUCUACUAUAAAUUAAAUAAAAAAAAAGAUAAAAGAAAACGAAACCAAAGAAAAGAAUCUUUUUCUUUUUUUAGAUUUCCCAUCUCAAGAAGUCAUUGCUUGAUCUAUUAACAGAUGAUCUGCGGAGUUCUAUUCCAUGAUAACUUCUUCAGAUUUGAAAAAGAAGUAGAUUAAUAGAGUAGACCUUCCCAAUUUUUUAUGCUUAAACAUGACAUGAGAUGAGUCAAAAAAAGCAUAAAAAAAUCUCUAGGAGUCUAAAAAAAAGGUGAAAUGCGCGAUAUGUGGAUCGCUCAACGGAAGAAAGAUCUAAUCUUAUUAUGUGUAGAACCUCUUUGGACAACAACUAGUCAUUUCCAAUAGAAAGUAUGUAUUGUCGUAAUCUAAUAUAAUUAGAAUAGCGGAACGGCUUUCUCUUCUCUUAGAACAGUAAAAGUAAAGAAAGAGGGAAACAAAUAAAGAAAAAAAGAAAAAACCAAUUUCAGAUUUUUUCUUUUUGUAAUAUCCAUAAUUCUGGUAAGAGCUGGUUUAUCAAAAUAGAAUAUUUAGGAAGAAUUCGGUUGGAAAAAAUUUCCUAUCAUGCGUAGAUUUAGGUUUCGAAAUACAACUAUAGUAAUCAUUCAUUCUUUGAUCGAAUGGUUAUUAUUCAUUAUUGUAUUUUCUUAUUCAUUACUGUAUUUCAGUAUAAUUUUGAAACAGAGACAUUCUUUUUUUAAAGCUUUGCAAAACGAUCAAUUAAACAAUUGAUAGAAUUCAAUUACUCAAUCGAUUACUCGAUUAGUAGUACCCCUAGAGUCCACUCCUUCCCCAUACUACGAGUGAGAGGGAAAAUGUAAAGACUACCAUUAAAGCAGCCCAAGCGAGACUUACUAUAUCCAUAUAAAUUAUGUCUCCUAUCUCUAUGAAGGAAUUAUUCCAUUAUUGAUCAAUAAUCAUAGUGGAAUCAAUGGCGCAGAGUCAAAAUGGAAUUCUGACUUAACUUAAGGCUAUUGAUGAACCAAUCCAAUGAAUCUACUCGUAACAAGAUUAUAAGAUUUCUGGUAGAAUCGGGAAGCAUUAAGCAUAAAUACAAUACACACACCUUUUCUCGGAAAAUGAAAUAACAAAGGAAUACUCCUAUCCCAAUGGAACAUGUAGGAGUACUAAGACCUAUUGUUUGUUACCCUUUUUCAUAAGCAAAAGACAUCAAAAUAUACCAUCAAGAUAGAUAACUAUCUAUCAGAUACCUCUAUUUCCUAUUUGAUCUAAGCCUUACUGUUUUUUUUGUGAAAGAAUGGGGAGACACCAUCACCAGUAUUACAUACAUUCUUUCUUUUUUUCGUAAUCCCCCUAUCUUACACGGGCAAAGAAAUUCCUACACGGGCAAAGAAAUUUUUUUGUUUCUUCAACUUUUACUUUUACUCUUUACUCAAUAAGAGCCGACCAACUAUCCUGAUUGAAUGUUUGAGUACUCAGAGACUCUCGUGAGUCUGGAUACAAAGUAUCUUCAGUCCUUUCCACAACUUCUAAAUUGAUUUCCCAUCAGCCUAUCCAAUCGAAUUCCAGACAGAGUCAGUAGACACAACGGUGGUAGUGUAAAAUAAUUAGGAAUUCUUGAUAGUCUUUCGUACAAUCUCUUCUUCAAUCCUAGUAGCAAAAAUGGAGUGUCCUUUAGGAACCUUUGGAUACCAAGAUUUCCGACCUCUUACUUUCGUAGUUUUGAAUCCCAGAAUUUACUUUCACUAUUUAUUUAUUCUACUUAUAAAAUAAAUGUCCGAACCAAUCAUAAUCAUAUUAAAAUCAUAAUCAUAUUAAUAAGUAAGGCUUACUUCAUCCCUAUUUGUACCGGUUUGGGCCACACCCAAAGCCCGGAUUUUUAGAAAAAAAUUGACUUUCUUUAAAAAAAUUGACUUUCUUUAUAGAACUACAGAUUCUAAAAAUAAAGUAUCGAUAGGCUUAUCCUUUUGCCUCUCCUUCUCCGGGGACAGAAUUCGUCGAGUUAAAUCAGCAGAAUAAGAAAUCCCAAGUUUUUUGUUGAUCAGGCGACACCCAGAUUUGAACUGGGGAUAAAGGAUUUGCAGUCCCCCGCCUUACCACUUGGCCAUGUCGCCAAACCAAAUUCGAUCCAAAUAAGAUAAAAAAUAGAUUUCUGGUCAAAGACUGAAAAAUUCAGGGCAAAUUGGAACCAUUAACUAUUUGUUUUGUUGUUUUGAAUUAGCGAAAGGUUCUUCAAUUUGUAUCUCAAAUUGUUGCGUUUCCUUAAUGGCAUAACAAAAUCAAAUUGAUUUAUGACUAAUUCAGUAUCAAUUAUUUUCAAUAAUCAAUCUUUUUCAAUUUCAAUUAUAACAAUAUAAAUUAUAACAAUAUAUAUGUGUAUAUGUAAACCUCAAAACAGAAAUUGUUACACAGAUACCGCUCUUAUGUACAUAUCCCAUAUCCCUAUAGAGAAUCGUCGUGCCUUCUUUUUUCAUUUUCUAUAUGCAAUAGAAAAAAUAGGAAUUAUGAUAUAGUGCGACCUGACUUCUGUUGCCACAAGUGAAAUUACGAUAAAAGAUGUGAUAUGCGGACAGGUAGAUAGCUAUAUUGGCAUGCACUUAAUAAAUAUUACUCCUAUUACGCAAUUCAAUCAUAUUCUAUAUAUUCUACUAGCAAAAAAAUAAUUCGAAAUUUUUUUUGAACAUGAAAUGAAACUCAAAUAAAAUUAAGUAUGCUAAAAAGGGAAACUCUAUAUUGUUCCUGUUGUACCUGUCGCAAAUUCGAACUUGCGUCGAAAAUGCUCUUCAUUCCUCUGUCUCAUUUCCGUUCAUACGUAUGAAAUACAUAUAUGGUAUAUGGAGUUGGCUAAAAUUUCAUGUGAUUCAGUAAACAGAAUAUACAUUCCAUCAUUGCUAGAUCGAUCCGUAUGGUUCGAUAAAUAGUGAGCUAAUAAUGGGAUUUUUCAAUAAACAGGAAACUUAAGAUUAAGAUGCUCCGGAAUGAUGGAAAUGAGGGAAUGUCCACAAUACCUGGAUUUAGUCAGAUCCAAUUUGAGGGAUUUUGUAGGUUCAUUAAUGAGGGCUUGACGGAAGAAUUUCAUAAGUUUCCAAAAAUUGAAGAUACAGAUCAAGAAAUUGAAUUUAAAUUAUUUGUGGAAAGAUAUCAAUUGGUAGAACCCUUGAUAAACGAAAGAGAUGCUGUGUAUGAAUCACUCACAUAUUCUUCUGAAUUAUAUGUACCCGCGGGAUUAAUUUGGAAAACCGGUAGAGAUAUGCAAGAACAAACCGUUUUUAUUGGAAACAUUCCCCUAAUGAAUUCCCUGGGAACCUUUAUAGUAAAUGGAAUAUACAGAAUUGUGAUCAAUCAAAUAUUGCAAAGUCCUGGUAUUUACUACCGUUCAGAAUUGGACCAUAACGGAAUUUCUGUCUAUACCAGCACAAUAAUAUCAGAUUGGGGAGGAAGAUCGGAAUUAGAAAUUGAUAGAAAAGCAAGGAUAUGGGCCCGUGUAAGUAGGAAACAAAAAAUAUCUAUUCUAAUUCUAUCAUCAGCUAUGGGUUCGAAUCUAAGAGAAAUUCUAGAUAAUGUUUGUUACCCUGAAAUUUUCUUGUCUUUCCCGAAUGAUAAGGAGAAAAAAAAGAUUGGGUCAAAAGAAAAUGCUAUUUUGGAAUUUUAUCAACAAUUUGCUUGUGUAGGCGGGGAUCCGGUAUUUUCUGAGUCUUUAUGUAAAGAAUUACAAAAGAAAUUUUUUCAACAAAGAUGUGAAUUAGGAAGGAUUGGUCGACGAAAUAUGAACCGGAGACUGAAUCUUGAUAUACCUCAGAACAAUACAUUUUUAUUACCACGAGAUGUAUUGGCUGCUGCGGAUCAUUUGAUCGGAAUUAAAUUUGGAAUGGGUACACUUGACGAUAUGAAUCACUUGAAAAAUAAACGGAUUCGUUCUAUAGCGGAUCUGUUACAGGAUCAAUUCGGACUGGCUCUUGUUCGUUUAGAAAAUGCGGUUCGAGGAACUAUAUGUGGAGCAAUUCGGCAUAAAUUGAUACCGACUCCUCAAAAUUUGGUAACUUCAACUUCAUUAACAACCACUUAUGAAUCGUUUUUUGGCCUACAUCCUUUAUCUCAAGUUUUGGAUCGAACUAAUCCAUUGACACAAAUCGUUCAUGGGCGAAAAUUGAGUUAUUUGGGUCCUGGAGGAUUGACGGGGCGAACUGCUAGUUUUCGGAUACGAGAUAUUCAUCCUAGCCACUAUGGACGUAUUUGUCCAAUUGACACGUCCGAAGGAAUCAAUGUUGGACUUAUUGGAUCCUUAGCCAUUCAUGUGAGGAUUGGCCAUUGGGGAUCUAUAGAGAGUCCAUUUUAUGAAAUAUCUGAAAGAUCAAAAGAGGCACAGAUAGUUUAUUUAUCACCAAAUAGAGAUGAAUAUUAUAUGGUAGCAGCGGGAAAUUCUUUGGCCUUGAAUCGGGGUAUUCAGGAAGAACAGGUUGUUCCAGCCCGAUACCGUCAAGAGUUCCUGACUAUUGCAUGGGAACAGAUUCAUCUUAGAAGUAUUUUUCCCUUCCAAUAUUUUUCUAUUGGAGCUUCCCUCAUUCCUUUUAUCGAGCAUAAUGAUGCGAAUCGGGCUUUAAUGAGUUCUAAUAUGCAGCGCCAAGCAGUUCCGCUUUCUCAGUCCGAGAGGUGCAUUGUUGGAACUGGACUGGAACGCCAAACGGCUCUGGAUUCGGGGGUUUCCGCUAUAGCCGAACACGAGGGAAAGAUCAUUUAUACUGACCCUCACAAGAUCAUUUUAUCAAGUAAUGGGGACACUACUAUAAGUAUAAGUAUUCCAUUAGUUAUCUAUCAACGUUCCAACAAAAAUACUUGUAUGCAUCAAAAACCUCAGGUUCCGCGGGGUAAAUGCAUUAAAAAAGGACAAAUUUUAGCGGACGGUGCGGCUACAGUUGGGGGGGAACUUGCUUUAGGAAAAAACGUAUUAGUAGCUUAUAUGCCAUGGGAGGGUUACAAUUCUGAAGACGCAGUACUAAUUAGCGAACGUCUGGUAUAUGAAGAUAUUUAUACUUCUUUUCACAUCCGGAAAUAUGAAAUUCAGACUCAUGUGACAAGCCAAGGACCUGAAAGAAUCACUAAGGAAAUACCACAUCUAGAGGCUCAUUUACUCCGCAAUUUAGACAGAAAUGGAGUUGUGAUGCUGGGAUCUUGGGUAGAAACAGGUGAUAUUUUAGUAGGUAAAUUAACACCUCAGACAGCAAACGAAUCGUCGUAUGCUCCAGAGGAUAGAUUAUUACGAGCCAUACUUGGAAUUCAGGUAUCCACUGCAAAAGAAACUUCUCUAAAACUACCUAUAGGCGGAAGAGGUCGCGUUAUUGAUGUGAGAUGGAUCCGGAAAAAGGGGGGUUCCUGUUAUAAUUCAGAAAUGAUUCGUGUAUAUAUUUCACAGAAACGUGAAAUCAAAGUAGGUGAUAAAGUAGCUGGAAGACAUGGGAAUAAGGGUAUCAUUUCAAAAAUUUUGCCUAGACAAGAUAUGCCCUAUUUGCAAGAUGGAACACCUGUUGAUAUGGUCUUCAACCCAUUAGGAGUACCAUCACGAAUGAAUGUGGGACAGAUAUUUGAAUGCUCGCUCGGGUUAGCGGGGGAUCUGCUAAAGAGACAUUAUAGAAUAGCACCUUUUGAUGAGAGAUAUGAGCAAGAGGCUUCGAGAAAACUAGUGUUUUCCGAAUUAUAUGAAGCCAGUAAGCAAACAAAAAAUCCAUGGGUAUUUGAACCCGAAUAUCCGGGAAAAAGCAGAAUAUUUGAUGGAAGAACAGGAAAUCCUUUUGAACAACCUGUUCUAAUAGGAAAGUCCUAUAUUUUAAAAUUAAUUCAUCAAGUUGAUGAUAAAAUCCAUGGACGUUCUAGUGGACAUUACGCACUUGUUACACAACAACCCCUUAGAGGAAGGGCGAAGCAAGGGGGACAACGAGUAGGGGAAAUGGAAGUUUGGGCUCUAGAGGGAUUUGGUGUUGCUCAUAUUUUACAAGAGAUGCUUACUUAUAAAUCUGAUCAUAUUAGAGCUCGUCAAGAAGUACUUGGUGCUACGAUCAUUGGAGGAAGAGUAUCUAACCCAGAAGAUGCUCCAGAAUCUUUUCGAUUGCUCGUUCGAGAACUACGAUCUUUAGCUCUAGAACUGAAUCAUUUCCUUGUAUCUGAGAAGAACUUCCAGAUUAAUAGGAAGGAAGCUUGAUCUGAAUGAAUCAGAAUUUCUAUUCUAUGAUUGACCGGUAUAAACAUCAACAACUUCGAAUUGGACUAGUUUCUCCUCAACAAAUAAAGGUCUUGGGCCAACAAAAUUUUACCUAAUGGAGAGAUAGUUGGAGAGGUGACAAAGCCCUAUACGUUUCAUUAUAAGACCAAUAAACCAGAAAAAGAUGGAUUGUUUUGUGAAAGAAUCUCUGGGCCCAUAAAAAGUGGAAUUUGUGCUUGUGGAAAUUAUCGAGUGAUUGGAGCUGAAAAAGAAGACCCGAAAUUUUGUGAACAAUGCGGGGUGGAAUUUGUUGAUUCUCGGAUACGAAGAUAUCAAAUGGGAUACAUCAAACUCGCAUGUCCAGUGACUCAUGUGUGGUAUUUGAAACGUCUUCCUAGUUAUAUCGCGAAUCUUUUAGAUAAACCCCUUAAGGAAUUAGAAGGCCUAGUAUACUGCGAUGUGUGAUUUGAUCAAAAUUUUCGUUUUACAGAUUCGGACUGAGAAACUGUCAUCCCAUUCAAUCCGAUUGGGGUGCCCCCGGCUCUGACAUGUGUUUUGGGAGAAGUAAAAGUAACACGAAACUCAGAAUUAUAGGUGUAUUCAAUACUUCCAAAAUGCAAGGGGAAUUGAUCCAUGGUCGAUUCCGUAUAAAUAGGAAUUGCUAGUUAUACCUCGUGAAAAAACACUUUUUUGUGGAAUCAGCUAUUCCAUUUCUUUAUAGAGAGAUUCCGUUUAAGCAAGCAAAUAUAGUAUGGUUACAGAAGUCUAUCUAUCGCAUAUAUGCUUCAAGGGGCAUCAUGGGAUAACCAUCGAGGUGAGUAGGGACCUAAAGGAUCGAAUAGAACGAUAUAUAGACAAGUAAA